AUGUGCAAUUUCUGCCCAGCAGAUGCUCACUCUCUUUGCUAUAACUUUACCAUUGAUUCUCAGCCCAGACCUGGACAACCAUGGUGUGUGGUUCAAGGCCAGGUGGAUGGAAAUGUUUUUCUCUCCUGUGACUGUGGUCAUGCUAAGAUCCAAUUCACAAGUCCAUUGGGGGAGGAGGUGAAAACGACAAAGGCCUGGGAAACACAGACUGAAACACUCAGAGACGUCGGGGACUUGCUCAGGGAGCAACUGCCUGAUGUUACGUCAGAGAAUCACACGGUCACAGACCCUCUCACCUUGCAGGGCAGGAUGACGUGUCAGUGUGAAGACGAUGGACACAUCAGUGGAUCCUGGCAGUUCGGCGUCAGUGGACAAAUGUGCCUCCUCUUUGAUUUGGAGAAUGGACACUGGACUGUGGUUCAUUAUGGAGGGAGACGGAUGAGAGAGAAGUGGGAGAAGGACAGAGCUGUGAGCAACUUCUUCAAGAAGGUCUCCAUGGGAGACUGUUGGGCCUAGCUUCGGCAUUUCUUGGUGCAUUGGGAGGAAAUGUCAACAACCAUGGCAUCACCAACUGAAGCUCCCCUCACAGUCAACUCCAUGGCCACAGCCAUCAAGCACAUCACCUGGAUCCUCCCUGUGGUCCUCAGCAGUUUCAUCAUAACUGUCUUCCUGGGCUGAGUCCUUUCCAGGAGCAGGUCGUCUUUGCCUGCUCUUGUAGCACAAACGUGGAGAUGUAGAAUGCACUCAGACCCCAAAUGGCCUGUCGAGACCAACAGUGUUACUCUCUGUCUUUUAAAGAAAAGGUU